CUCGAGAUCCUAGCAUAAGUACCUUCCUUGCUUUGCCGGCAUAACUCCAAGACCAUGGUUCGCUUUACCAUUCCUCUCUUGUUGAGCAGUGUGGUUGUCGGUGCCACUGCUGCUGCUCUCGGGCAGACAUACAUCCAGUAUUCGACGGUGACGGGUUAUUUCCUUCAAGACGACAAUUCUACCAAUGCCACCGCCUUUGACUAUACCGCGUCCAACUUUGGUCUCAUCAAUCAGACAUACCCCAGCGAUGACCCGCAGAGUGCAAAGUCAUUGACACAGUGGGAGAGGUUUGCCACAUUCGUCUCGUCCCUCAAUGACAAUGCGGCCAAGAAUGUCGAGUACAAGGUACUCUUCAUGGGUCGUCACGGAGAAGGGUAUCACAACGCUGCCGAGUCGUACUUUGGUACGCCAGCCUGGAACUGCUAUUGGGCUCUCCUGAAAGGUAACGCUUCGGUGACCUGGGCGGACGCACAUUUGACGGAAGCGGGUAUCGAGCAAGCUCUCAAGGCGAAUGCGUUUUGGUUGUCGCACAUCCAAACGCAAAAGAUACCUUUGCCGCAGAGCUACUACGUCUCCCCAUUGAGCCGAUGCCUCGAGACGGCAAAUUACACAUUCAGCGGUCUCCCGCUGCCGGCCAAGUAUCCCUUCCUGCCCACCAUCAAGGAGAAACUCCGAGAGAGCAUCUCGGAACACACGUGCGACCACCGCAGCAACAAGACCUACAUCCACAACAUGUUCCCGUCUUGGAACUUCGAGCCCGGGUUUGCCGAGUACGAUGAGCUCUGGAAUGGCGUCACGGAGGAGACCGACGCCGCCCAGGAUUUCCGAUCGAAGCAGGUGCUGGACGACAUUUUCUCGAACGACUGUUCGACCUGGCUCAGCUUCACGAGUCACUCGGGUGAGAUUGGUUCGAUAUUGAGGGUGCUCAAGCACAGAUCGUUCUCGUUGAACACCGGCGCCGUGAUUCCUGUAUUGGUCAAAGCUGAAAAGUUCAGUCCGUGGGAAGCAACGAGCACCGUCUCUGCGCCUCCGUGGUCGACGAGCGCGCACUGCACCACAGCUCCGGUCACGAGUAUCAGCACAGGAACGGCUAAAGGCUGCAUUUGUCCAAAGAGUGCCGCGCCGGUGACGACGGCAUUGGCCACGUUUCCUACAAGUGCCUAG